AUGCCGCGCGAAAUCAUCAUCGAGGCCGGCGGGCUGGGGGAGGAGUUCUUCAUCCAGCGGGGCGGGAGCCACCACCGACACCGCCAUGGCCACGGCGGCUGGUACAACGACGGCCCGACCUGGAAGGAGUACGACCGCCUGAAGGAGGCCAACGACGCGCUCGCGCGCGAGAGGGAUUGCCUGAAGGUGGAGCUCAAGAAGGCGCGCGCGGACCUGUCGCACCGUGACGGCGAGAUCUGCCGCCUCAAGGAGGAGAACAACCUGCUCUGCCGCGAGGUCGAGGAGCUCAAGAAGCACCACGGCGGGUGGGACGACCGCUGCCGCGAGUGGAGGAACAAGUGGACGCGCGAGAAGAACGAGAACGAGACGCUGCGCGAGCAGCUCCGCGCCAGGGACGAGAAGCUCGCCAAGUCGGACGCCUACACCGCCCGCCUGCUCGAGCAGAUCGCCCGCCUCAAGGAUGACUUUGAGCACUGGAAGCGCUAUGCCCUGAGGGUCGAGGACGAGAACAAGCACCUCAGGUGUAAGCUCGAGUACUACGAGACGGCGCCCAUUCGAAGGCGUCGCUUCUUCUAA